GGCACGUUUGUACUGUAUAUAGCCCCUGGGCUUUGAAGCUUUCUCUGGCGCUGCCGGACACAACAUGGACAGACUAUUCGAGCCUUUGGCGUCGGCCACAGGAGCCUCGAUUGACCAGGUCAAGCUUAUUGCUUGCCUGUUGUUCUCCUACCCACUCGGAAGCAUCUUCAUUCGGAUACCUUCCUCCCUGCAGGCUUUGAAACAUAUAUUCAACAUCAUAAUUGCUCUAAUUUACUUCCUGCCGGUGCUGAACCUAUGGACGGGCUUCCUUCACCUUCUCGCUAGCAUUCUUGCUACAUAUUACGUGGCUAAGAAUGUGAGGCGGCCGGAUAUGCCAUGUAUCGUAUUUGCUCUUGUGCUGGGCCAUCUUAUGAUCAACCACAUCAUUCGUGCAGUGUACGGAUAUGGAUACGAAACGUUUGAGAUAACUGGACCGCAGAUGGUCCUGACGAUGAAACUGACGACUUUUGCUUGGAAUGUGUAUGAUGGGAGGAGACCUCGCGAGGACCUGGACAAGUGGCAGUUCGAGAAACACAUUCCAGACGACAAAUUCCCGUCGAUCCUGUCCUUUCUAGGCUAUGCCUUUUAUUUUCCUGGAGUGUUGGUUGGACCGUACCUGGACUACAAUUCGUAUCAAUCCCUCAUUGACGGCUCCAUCUUCAAAAUCUCCGAAGGUAACCAGCCCAAGCGGGAAGACAAGGACAGGUUCAUCCCCCGGGGAAGGAAGAGAAUGGCGUACAGGAAGAUGGUGAAGGCCUUGAUUUUCCUAGGCUUGUAUACGACCUGCUACGGCACGUUCAACUACACUGUCGCGCUAAAGCCCUGGUUUGCGAAGAAGCACGUUCUAUAUCGGAUCGCCUACUGGCAGCUUUGCGGUUUCUUCGAACGCACAAAGUACUAUGCUGUCUGGACACUGACAGAGGGCGCGUCUAUCCUAACCGGUUACGGAUUUACCGGCUUCGACUCUUACGGUAACUCAACAUGGAACGGCGCCAGGAACGUCAAGAUCCGCAGCAUCGAAUUCGCGCCCAACUUCAAGGUUCUUCUUGACUCAUGGAACAUCAAGACCGCCAUCUGGCUGAAAGAAUGCGUAUACAAGCGGGUCACGCCGAAGGGCAAGAAACCCGGUUUCCGCAGCAGUAUGAUCACAUUCACCACUAGUGCUCUUUGGCAUGGCAUCGCCCCUGGGUACUACCUGGCGUUCCUUCUGGGUGGCUUCAUCCAGACUGCUGGCCGUCUCUGCCGGUCCAACAUCCGCCCUCUCCUCCUGCCGCCUCAGUUGCCCCCGUCCCAGAAUGUCCCCGUCAAGGUGAAGGAAAAGCCCACCUUGGAGCCACCGAAGGACGCCAUCUCUGCCGCGAAGCGCGCUUACGAUCUCGCGGGCACAGUCUCUUCCGUCCUCUUGGUCAACUACACCACGGGGCCCUUCAUCCUAGCGACACUGCGUGACUCGUUCCGCGCGUGGAGCCUGCUGGGCUGGUACGGCCAUUACAUGGUUGGCGGCGCUUUGGUUUUCUUCUACGCUGGUGGUAGGCGGUUUUUGAGGAGGCUGCAGGAGCAGCGGGUAAAGGCGAUUGGCGUCGGCCCGCAGUUCCCUACUGUCGCGGAGAAGCCUGGGCCUUUGUACAUGCCCCCUGUGGAGGAGGCGGCCCAGGAACUAGAGCAUAGAUUCGAUGACCGGUGA